AUGGGUGAAGCAGAUGCGCCUUCUGGGGGUCAAGAAUCAAACUACUUACCUGUGGCAGCCGUAGUGAACAGCGGAAGUGCAUCAGGUUCAGGUGCUCACCGUGGUCCGAGACAUCAACGUGAGAGAUCGGGCGGAAACGAAAACACUGAGAAUGUACCUCCGCUGCCGAAGACUGGGCUAACCAAUGCAUCGUUCGUGAGGUUGGAGGAUCCUCGUGAUAUUGGUGAGGCCACUUCUACCGAAAUACUGUCUGAACCAGAUGACGAAGAGGAACAUUUGGUUACUUAUCAUGGCGUGAAGCUUAACGGGGACAAUUGGGUUGACGUGCUGAGGGGAUCGCGUGCUGUAUUCGACGAUGCCUUGGGUGCUGACGUAUGCGAUAUGCUUGCGCUUCCUCGCAGUAGUGUGAGGGAUGUAAAGGUGGGCGCUGAUGGACAGUCGGUUAUGUUUGGUGUGCGGCACCCCUUUUCACUACAAAAGGACGAAGUAAAUAAGGCACUGGAGAGCUGCCGGUUUACCAGUACGUUGAAGUUGUACGAUCUGCAAACUGAUUCUGGUCCAUUGGAAACUGACUCUCCCGUACUCAAGGCCUCUGAGAGUGCACCCCCAUCGCUCCGUGACGAGGAGUCUUCACAGCAUGGUGAUAUUAAGGGUGCCUCGUCUGUGAAAAAGAUCAAACCUCGUAAUCACAACAUAGGUGCUUGUUCAAUUACUGGCCAUUCUGCUUCCGUUGAAGUGUUGUACGGUGCGAUUUACGAUGAAGACGCUGCCGUAACGCACCACCGCGUAAAGUUUAACGGCAACAAUUGGGACUCUAUUGUGCACCACAAGGGUAUGGCCAUAAGGGAGGCGUUUGAUACUGACGUGAGUAAUGCGCUGGGUCUGCCCCGGGGCAGCGUGGAGGAUGUGACAUUGGCUCCUGAUGGGCUUUCAAUGAGUUUUAGUGUGCGACACCCAGCAUCAUUGCGGAGAAAAGAUGUUAAUAAAAUUCUGGCGAAGUGCCCAUUUGAGAACACAUGGAGGUUAUAUGAAUCAAAGAAAUCUUUUAAUAACUCCAGAGUUGCCUCUUUUGUGCUCAGAUCGUCGGUGAACGCACCUCCAUCGCUGAGGGCCGAAGAGGACGUAGGAGUGGUGCUGGGUGACUGGGACGCCAACCCACCCUUUGAAUUUCUUGUCCCAGCUACUGCGUCACAGAUGACGGUUGUGAGGCCCCCUAAUGCAGCCAGUGGUGAAUGUAACAUUAACUCUAUGCCCGAUGAUAUCCUGAUCAAUACAGAAGGUGAAGGUUUUGGCACUGUAACACGUCAUGAAGUAAAAUUUGAGGGAGACAAUUGGGGUGUUGUGCAUGAGAAGAAGCGUGUUGCAUUUGAUGAAGCAUUCGACGCUGACAUAUGCGGUGCAUUGGGCGUACCUCGGGGAAGUGUGGAGGAUAUGGUGUUAGCUUCUGAUGGACAGUUGGUUUCGUUUGGUGUGCGGCAUCCUGCCUCCUUAGGGAAAAAAGAUAUCAACAAAGCCCUAUCGAGCUGCCCAUUUGAAAACACAUGGAAGUUGUAUGAACCAAAGAAGUCCGCUUCUCCCUCGGAGCUCAACUCACCUGUUAUGAAGGCCACUAAGGGUGAGCUUGCGCCACUGCGAGCGGGGGAAGUUGUGGGACCAACACCCUUGGAGGUAGGGGGGCCUCGUGACCUUGCUGCUGAUGGUGCUACUGCAAAGACGUCCGGUCAACCCGUUGACGUAGAGACAAAUGUACUAACGCGUCACCGUGUAAAGUUUCACGGAGACAAUUGGGGUGUUGUGCAUGAGAAGAAGCGUGUUGCAUUUGAUGAAGCAUUCGACGCUGACAUAUGCGGUGCAUUGGGCGUACCUCGGGGAAGUGUGGAGGAUAUGGUGUUAGCUUCUGAUGGACAGUUGGUUUCGUUUGGUGUGCGGCAUCCUGCCUCCUUAGGGAAAAAAGAUAUCAACAAAGCCCUAUCGAGCUGCCCAUUUGAAAACACAUGGAAGUUGUAUGAACCUAAGAAGUCCGCUUCUCCCUCGGAGCUCAACUCACCUGUUAUGAAGGCCACUAAGGGUGAGCUUGCGCCACUGCGAGCGGGGGAAGUUGUGGGACCAACACCCUUGGAGGUAGGGGGGCCUCGUGACCUUGCUGCUGAUGGUGCUACUGCAAAGACGUCCGGUCAACCCGUUGACGUAGAGACAAAUGUACUAACGCGUCACCGUGUAAAGUUUCACGGAGACAAUUGGGGUGUUGUGCAUGAGAAGAAGCGUGUUGCAUUUGAUGAAGCAUUCGACGCUGACAUAUGCGGUGCAUUGGGCGUACCUCGGGGAAGUGUGGAGGAUAUGGUGUUAGCUUCUGAUGGACAGUUGGUUUCGUUUGGUGUGCGGCAUCCUGCCUCCUUAGGGAAAAAAGAUAUCAACAAAGCCCUAUCGAGCUGCCCAUUUGAAAACACAUGGAAGUUGUAUGAACCAAAGAAGUCCGCUUCUCCCUCGGAGCUCAACUCACCUGUUAUGAAGGCUACUAAGGGUGAGCUUGCGCCACUGCGAGCGGGGGAAGUUGUGGGACCAACACCCUUGGAGGUAGGGGGGCCUCGUGACCUUGCUGCUGAUGGUGCUACUGCAAAGACGUCCGGUCAACCCGUUGAACGAGAGGAUGGAUGUGUAACUUCCCAUGCUUUGAAGCUUGAGGGAGACAAUUGGGGUGCUGUGUAUGAAAAGAAGCGUGCUGCAUUUGAUGAAGCAUUCGACGCUGACAUAUGUGAUACACUGGGCGUACCUCGGGGAAGUGUGGAGGAUAUGGUGUUAGCUUCUGAUGGACAGUUGGUUUCGUUUGGCGUGCGGCAUCCUGCCUCCUUAGGGAAAAAAGAUAUCAACAAAGCCCUUUCGAGCUGCCCAUUUGAAAACACAUGGAAGUUGUAUGAACCAAAGAAGUCCGCUUCUCCCUCGGAGCUCAACUCACCUGUUAUGAAGGCCACUAAGGGUGAGCUUGCGCCACUGCGAGCGGGGGAAGUUGUGGGACCAACACCCUUGGAGGUAGGGGGGCCUCGUGACCUUGCUGCUGAUGGUGCUACUGCAAAGACGUCCGGUCAACCCGUUGAACGAGAGGAUGGAUGUGUAACUUCCCAUGCUUUGAAGCUUGAGGGAGACAAUUGGGGUGCUGUGUAUGAAAAGAAGCGUGCUGCAUUUGAUGAAGCAUUCGACGCUGACAUAUGUGAUACACUGGGCGUACCUCGGGGAAGUGUGGAGGAUAUGGUGUUAGCUUCUGAUGGACAGUUGGUUUCGUUUGGUGUGCGGCAUCCUGCCUCCUUAGGGAAAAAAGAUAUCAACAAAGCCCUUUCGAGCUGCCCAUUUGAAAACACAUGGAAGUUGUAUGAACCUAAGAAGUCCGCUUCUCCCUCCAGGUUUGACUCUCUUGUUCUGAUGACCACUAAGGGUGAGCUUGCGCCACUGCGAGCAGAGGAAGAGGCUGCCGGACCACUGCCCGAUGCUUCCGAUGCUUUUCCUUCAGCGACAGCCGCGGUAUCUAAUUUGUUGCCUGCAAAGGCAAUAAGAUCACGUUAUUUUUCAAGUGGUGAGUGUAACAUCACCACUAGUGGUGCUACCCCUAUAGCCCUAUAUGGAGCGUUGUGUGACAGUGACACUGUUGUCACACGGCACCGUGUGAGGUUUAAUGGGGAAAACUGGGAUUUGGUUUUACAACGCAGACGUGCAGAACUGGACGACGCGUUGGAUGCUGAUGUGAGCGAAGCGUUGGACCUGCCUCGAGGAAGCGUUAGUGAUAUUGAGUAUGUACCCGACGGCCUUACUGCGUCGUUUGGUGUGCGGCAUCCCGCGGCGUUCCGUAGGCGGGACAUCGCGCGUUUACUUUCGAAGGGUCAGUUUGCGAAUUUGUGGAAGAUGUACCCACGCAGCAGAAAUAUUGAUACUUUAGGGCCUUCGUUGUCCUCGUUGAAGGCAUCGGAAAAAGCCCCGCCGAACAUAGUAGGGGGGGAAGUCGUACCACCGGUCCCCAAUUUUUGUCAGAGCCGUGCUAAGGUUGACGCGGCAGGACUUCCUACUCGCGCAUCUGAUACGGUUACUCCAUCGGACUACACCAAUGGUCAACAGUCAGUUAUGAAAACGGAGAAGCGCGGCAGUGUUGUUGAUGGAGGUGAUACCAUUAUUACUUGCCACCGCGUAAAGCUGAGUGGAGCCAACUGGGUCGAGGUAGUUGAGACGAAACGGGCUGCAUUCGACGAAGCAUUCGAUACCGAUGUGUGUGAGGCAUUGGGCUUCCCCUUGGGUUGUGUGGAGGAUGUGCUGUUAGGUCCCGAUGGUCAUUCGGUUACGUUUGCGGUGCGCCACUCAGCCUCUUUGCAAAAGAGUGACGUCAAAAAGGUUCUUCGUCUUUGCCCAUUUGCUAACACAUUGCAGUUAUACCAUUCACGGAGAACUCUCCCUUCUUCUGAGGUUGCAUCCACCGUGCUUCGAGCAACUGAAAAGGAAAAACCUGCGCCGACACCGCGAAGCCACGGUUCAGCCAAACCUUCGACCGUAAAGGUGGCGGCGUCUUGUGACCUCGAGGGAAGGGGUGCUGACGGUGAUCCAGCCUUCGUUGAAGUAUUUAAUGGACUGAUCAGCGACGAAGAUACCUUGGUAACACGCCAUGGCGUACUGCUCAACGGAGAAAAUUGGCUUAAAUUACAUGAAAGCAAAUCUGCAGCGUUUAAUGACGCAUUCGAUGCUGAUGUGUGCGAGGCGCUGGGUCUUCCAUGCGGCAAUGUUGAAGGUAUAAAGUUGAAUCCCGACGGCCACCUAGUUACCUUCGGCGUUCGUCAUCCUAUUUCACAGCGGAGGGAGGAUAUCAACAGAGCUCUUGGAAAAUGCAGAUAUCAGAAUCUGAUGAAAUUGUACAACUCCCGUUCUGCUGUUUAUUCCUGUGUCGCCACAUCCCCCAUGCUUAGAGCAACAGAGACGGCGCGCGCGGCGUUAGCGACCCAAGAGUCGAUCUCACAACCUGCGGUCUCCGAGGUAGCCAAUACAACAUCGGUAGGGGUGGCGAAGUCGCGCAACCUUCUGGACGGAAGCGCGGCUGCGAGUAACUCUGCUUCUGUAGCCGGAUUGCAUGCUUUCCUUUCAGAUCAGCCGGUUGUAACCCAGCACGGUAUAAAAUUCAGCGGGGCCAACUGGGCUGAUGUGAUUGAAGGCCGUGCAAUGUUUGACGACGCGCUUGAUGCUGAUGUGUGUGAGGCGGUGGGUCUUCCUCGAGGGAGCGUUGAAGACAUACUACUAAGCUCUGAUGGACGCUCCGUCGCCUUUGGUGUACGCCAUCCUGCUUCCAUAAGCAAAGGGGAUAUCAAUCAAGCACUUGAUAACUGCAGAUUUGUCAACACUUUGAGGUUGUAUAAUAUGCGUUCUGCUGUUUAUUCCUGUGUCGCCAAAUCCCCCAUGCUUAGAGCAACAGAGACGGCGCGCGCGGCGUUAGCGACCCAAGAGUCGAUCUCACAACCUGCGGUCUCCGAGGUAGCCAAUACAACAUCGGUAGGGGUGGCGAAGUCGCGCAACCUUCUGGACGGAAGCGCGGCUGCGAGUAACUCUGCUUCUGUAGCCGGAUUGCAUGCUUUCCUUUCAGAUCAGCCGGUUGUAACCCAGCACGGUAUAAAAUUCAGCGGGGCCAACUGGGCUGAUGUGAUUGAAGGCCGUGCAAUGUUUGACGACGCGCUUGAUGCUGAUGUGUGUGAGGCGGUGGGUCUUCCUCGAGGGAGCGUUGAAGACAUACUACUAAGCUCUGAUGGACGCUCCGUCGCCUUUGGUGUACGCCAUCCUGCUUCCAUAAGCAAAGGGGAUAUCAAUCAAGCACUUGAUAACUGCAGAUUUGUCAACACUUUGAGGUUGUACGUCUCGCGAUGCCCUCCCGUUGUUUAUGAAGCCAGUCGACCACCACUAAAGGCUGCUGAGGCUGAGCAAUUGUCACUAAAGGCUGCUGAAACGAAGCGACCACCACUAAAGGCUGCUGAGGCUGAGCAAUCGUCACUAAAGGCUGCUGAAACGAAGCGACCACCACUAAAGGCUACUGAGGCUGAGCAAUCGUCACUAAAGGCUGCUGAAACGAAGCGACCACCACUAAAGGCUGCUGAGGCUGAGCAAUCGUCACUAAAGGCUGCUGAAACGAAGCGACCACCACUAAAGGCUGCUGAGGUUGGGCGACCACCACUAAAAGCUACUGAGGCUGAGCAAUCGUCACUAAAGGCUGCUGAAACGAAGCGACCACCACUAAAGGCUGCUGAGGUUGGGCGACCACCACUAAAAGCUACUGAGGCUGAGCAAUCGUCACUAAAGGCUGCUGAAACGAAGCGACCACCACUAAAAGCUACUGAGGCUGAGCAAUCGCCACUAAAGGUUACUGAAGCUAGGCGUGCACCACCAGCAAGAGCCACUGAGGUUGAGCGACCACCUCUAAAAGUGGUGGAGAUUAGCUCGCCAACGAGUUUCGUGGCGGGACCGAGGUCCGUGGGGCUCGUUAACCCCCCAAGUCUUGUGGAUACAGGCAUUAUUGGAAGUAGCUCUGCUUCAUUUGACAUACUGUAUGGCUCCCUGAAAGACGAAGGGGCUGUGGUAACCGAAUACCGUGCCAAGUUGAACGGGAGUCACUGGCGUGUUUUGCUGCAACACAGGUUCCUGGAGUUCGAGGAGGCCUUUUACGGUGAUGUGUGUGAUGCGCUGAGUCUUACGAAGGGGAGCGUGGACAACAUGGAACUAGACUCUGAUAUGCAGGCAUUUUCUUUUGGUGUGCGACAUCGCAGGUCACUUGAACCGAGUGCUGUGUUACGUCAGUUGGGAGAAUAUCAUUUUUCUAAAACUCGGGAAUUUUGUGACUCACAAAAACGGUUUGGUGUCGUUGUUGAUGAUCAUGACCAGCUCCUCACCCUAGAAAUUGCUUCGAAACAGGAACUACCGGAGGCUGAUGAUGGUUGCGACGAAGACUUGCGGCACUUGCAGACUUCAGGACGUAGUGAUCUGCCUUCUUCGCCUUCGUCCCCACUGUGCAUCAAGAAGACAAAUACACGAACAAUGCACUUUGGCAAUACCGGUGCCGGCGCUGUACGUUUACCGAAGACCAGGAAAUACGAGGCCGCUCCCGCGAACGCCACUGUGACGCAACACCGAGUUCAAUUUGUCGCCGAGAACUGCGGUCAUGUUGCCGAUGAGACGCGGGAGAAGGUCCCCCAAGCACUGAAUCUUGACGUCUGCGACGCACUGGGCAUUUCUUGGAAGUGCGUGGAGGAGGUAACGCUCAGCCCUGAUGGAAGACUUGUGACAUUUGGUGUGCGUCAUUCGCCGAAAAUGAGCCGUGCCGAUGUGAGGAGCGCGCUCAUAGCACACGAUUUCCCAUACACAUGGAAAGUUUAUGAACCGGAUACGCUAGUUGAGUUCGAAAGCGGAGUUGAACGUACUACCGCGGAACAAAAGUCACAAGCAACCCCGAAAGCAACGAGUACAUCAUCCAUAUAUUUCUCUCCUUCUUCCGUCCCACCGUUCGUGAGAGUUGCUGAGCCUCAAAAUUUUGUUAAGGACAGCUUUACUAUAAGUAACACUGCCUCUUUGGAGGUGCUUCACACUGCAAUCGGCGAUGGCACUGUCGUAACAAAGCACCGUGUCAAAUUCAAUGGGGACAAUUGGGGUGCUGUGCUUGAGAAGAAGCGUGCUGCAUUUGAUGAGGCGUUUGAUGCCGACGUGUGUGAUGCGUUAGACCUUCCUCGGGGAAGUGUGGAGGGGAUAACGUUGGGCUCAGAUGGCCUCUCAAUUGACUUCGGUGUGAGACACCCCGCUUCGUUGCACAAGGAUGAGGUGGAUCAUUUUCUGUCGACCUCUGAGUUUCCUGCGAUGUGGAACCUUUAUGAGCCGAAGAAGAAGGUCUUGUCAUCGAUUGUCAUGGGGGACACCGAAGAGCGUGAGACAACCUCUUUUAGUACUUCGCUGCCCCAACGCGCCUCUCCCGUCAGCGCCAAGGAGUUCCCAUCUUGUUUGCACCCCGCUCCCGGGGUUGCGUCCAGCUCCGUUCCAAUGGACCGCGCUGAUGGUGCAUCGGGUUCGGGUAAUGUGUGCCACUUAUACCGUGUUGGAUUUGUGGGGGGUUUCUGGAGCGGCAUCGUUGACAAGCGCUUUACUGCAGCAGUGGACUGCUUUAUGCGUGAUGCGGCUGUCGGAGAGGGUCUAGUCCCACGUAGUGUGGAGAGGGUUGUGUCGCUCGACUCUGGUAAUGUUGUGUUUUCCGUCUGGAUGGAGCAUGCGGCUGCUCUGUCGCAGAGUGAAGUGUGCACAGCGAUGGACAACGCCCCCUUUCCAUCCAUGUGGAAGCUAUAUGACGACUUGAUCAAUGAAGGUGUUGUCGGGCGGACCACGACGUUGCAUCGCGUGGGUUUGGUGGGGUCUGAGUGGGCGCAUGUGGCAAACGUUGAUCUGGUCAAAGAGGUAUUUAUCCAGGAUGUUGCAGAGGCACUUCGCCUCAGUCCUGAGGAUAUAAAUGUUAACGAGUACACAGUUAACGAUAAGCUCGUCAUCGGGUUCUACGUGAGCCAUUCCCACACCUUAACAGAAGUAGAUAUCGACGAUAUGUUGGCUAAUGCUCCACUCUCGCGUGUGUGGGGAUUAUGCCCGGUCCCUGGAACAAAUUCCUGGAAAGCUGCACACUGCAAGGGUUCGGCAAGAAGCAACUCCGGUUCCUUUCCACAUACCGAGCCCCUUCGUGGUGGCCGGUUUCGCGACCUUUCUCCAAUACCCUUGUCGGGUGGGAUUCCCGCUGAAACUCCGCACGACCGACGCUCAAAUUCUCAAUAUCGGCGGUCGUUGGGACCUCUUCAAGGCGUUGUAUCCCCGCCGAUGCGAAGGUAUGAUGGCCAUAACCAGCACUCCGGCCGGUUCUAUCAGGCAAAUAAGCGGUCGCCGGGUCAAUUCUCCCCCCCUAACCAACCAGUGGUGAAUACGAAGGGAGUACAUGCCAUGAGAAUGUCUCCACAAAGCGGCAGGUUUAAGGCAGGGAGCGCACGGGGCGGAGGGUCGCUGAUUGCCGGAUCUGACCCCGUUCGCGCAUCGCUUCCCCGAGUGGAUCUUUUGAAGGUGGGUGAGUUGCUUGCGCUGAUGCGCCGGCGACAGUUGGAAGAGGGGUCCACUCGCCUUCCACCUUUGACUGGGAGGGCACAACCCUACCCCAGUUGUGCCCCCAGUACCGUAAAGCGAUAUGUGGGAUCAAAGUGA